GACGGCAUAUCUAAGAGAAUUCCCUGAACUUUCUCUUCCAGGUUGUUACGGAUAUGCCUUUUUGGGUGAGCCGGAGGGAAACUCUGCUAUUUGAAGUCGGCUACUCUUGGCGUGGUACUGGGCGGUACUGCACGCUUACACUACCAAUGAUUCUGUCUCUGGCAUCUUACUGUGGUACAGUACACCACGACAAUGGGUAGGUAAAGGUCUCGAGGGUGCUUGGACCAGAAACGCGAAAUUAAUAUCAGGGAAACCCCAAAUCGGUCCUGGUUACACCGACAGCCUCACCAAUUACUACCUUUACAGGAGUUGUCAACGCUGGUCAUUGAUCACCGAUACCGUACCCUAGGAAGGAGCAAAACUUACUUGUACCAGUGCCGAAUUUCCUAUUACCCCUUAGAAAUAGCCCCCCCAAAGUCUUCAAUUCUCAGGGAGAGUACUUGUAACUCUUAAUCCCUCCGCAUGAUAUUCGCAAUUUCCAAUCCUGGCUGACCACACUAUAGUGCUCCGCGGUCCAGCACACCCAUCAUCGCCACUCAGGUCCCAUAUCACCGACCUCAUCCAUGGGCCAUGUACCAUCUGCAAUCCAGCAUGUCUCCCCAAGUCCCCUUCUAUUUCUACCUAAACUAUUGAUAUUAUUCCACUUAGUAUUACACCGAGGCAUAAUGGUGAUUAAGAGAGCGGGAGGCACCACCGGCUAUCAAUGCGAACCCUAACCCCAGUAUCGCUCGUGGGACAAGGGUGUGUUACGGGGGGGCUCGGGGGAUAUGCCAGCAUACUGUAUGAUAGCAUGAAAGUAACGCUGAAUACAAAAGUUAGAGCAGUAUCACGGAUAAUAAAAAUCACACAAAAACCCAACCUUCACGGCCCCACGAAACUCGGUCCCCUACCCGUAGACGACACGGGACCGUGGCCAGCAACCUCGGUUGUUGCCACAAGGUUGGCAACGAGCUCGAUAGACUACAUAACCCCGGGCAUCCAUCCACUCGGGACUCUUAAACCCGCGUCUUUGAUCUCACCACAAACUGCGACUCAUUCCUAUUCGAUAAAUCGUAAACUCGCUGUACCUGAAAUUAUGGCGUCCGGUAGACUCAACUCUAUCCUCAACCACCUCAAGAUGCCCUCUGGUUUGGCUGCUGUGUGAGCUUCCUCCUUUAGAUUUCGCCCCACCGGCUAGUGUGCAAGGGCAAGAGAGAAUAUCAAGCUGAUGGUGAUCAUAACAGCACCUCAAAGAAUCCGGAUGAUAUCGUGGUAACCUUUGCCAUGAGGACGCCCUUAACAAAGGCGCUCAAGGGCGGGUUGAAGGAUACCCCAGUAGAUUUCCUCCUAAUGCAACUCUUCCAGCACGUCCUCGAGAAAUCAAGGAUCGACCCCAAGUUGGUAGAGGACAUUUCCGUCGGGAAUGUCAACGAGCCAUACAUCCCAUACAAGGCCCGCGCAGCAGCACUCGCAGCCGGAUUCCCGAAUACCACCGCCGUGUCCUCGGUGAACCGCUUCUGCUCCAGCGGUUUGAUGGCUGUCCAGGGAAUAGCGAACCAAAUCAGCAGCGGUUCGAUCGAGAUCGGUUUGGCUGUGGGUGUGGAAAGCAUGUCUCGGGCGCCCGGGCAGGGGCUCGACCUCGCACCAGAGGUGCUGUCAGCAAGCCAAGAGGCGGAGGACUGUUUGCAACCGAUGGGCCAGACAAGCGAGAACCUCGCCAAAGACUUCAACGUGCCCCGAGAAGCACAGGACCAAUUCGCGGCGAAAAGUUACCAGAAGGCAGAGCACGCGCAGAAGUCAGGAUGGUUCGAGGAGGAGAUCGUCCCGAUCACUACCAGAGUCAAGGACCCCAAGACCGGCGAGGUCAGGCAGGUUACUGUCAUCGCCGAUGACGGCAUCCGCUAUGGAACAACAUUUGAAUCCCUCUCCAAGAUCCGCCCCGCAUUCCCUGAGUGGGGUGAUAAAUCCACCGGUGGAAACUCCUCGCAAGUGACUGAUGGUGGCGCAGCGGUUCUCCUCAUGAAGCGUGGCAUGGCGGAAAAGUUGGGACAGCCAAUUCUUGCUAAAUUCUGUGGAAGCACUGUUGUUGGACUCGCGCCCAGGAUCAUGGGUAUUGGGCCAAGUCUUGCUAUUCCCAAGCUCCUUGGGAAGUUCGGAUUGACCAAGGAUGAUAUCGAUAUCUUUGAGAUCAAUGAGGCGUUUGCUAGUAUGGCGGUCUAUUGUCUGCGGGAGUUGGGCUUGGAGGAGGAGAAAGUUAACCCUCGAGGCGGAGCGUACGUUCGCCAUCACCCUCCGAAGUAACCAACAGCCUAUUAACAUUCUGCAGUAUUGCCCUUGGCCACCCAUUGGGCGCUACUGGUGCCAGACAGGUCGUUACUGGCCUGGCAGAGAUGAGGAGACAGAAGAAGAAGGUGCUUGUUACUAGCAGUAAGUUCGCCUCAUCUCAUCCUUCCCGCAAGUGGAGGGGGUACUAAUGUGAUUUAGUGUGCAUUGGAACCGGUCAGGGAAAGGCUGCUUUGUGGAUUAACGAGGUUUUGUAAAUUAGGGAUUGGUUCAGGCGAAUUAUGUAUAUUUGAAAGCGUUAUGAAAGUCCGCUCUGUUUAUGUCCCUACUCCUACGUCACAUUACUUUAGUUUGUUUGAGGGAAGUACUGCGAGAUUAGACUGAUAAGCUUUAAGGAUUGACGAUAGUGUCUCCCGAAUUAUCGUACGCGAGUAAAUUCGUUAUAUACAGCACCGGCACGAUCAACCGUUAUCAUAAAUUUACUAUCCCAUCAGACACCCUGCUGUCAUAGUGAACGCGACAGCCCAAAUCAAUAGUAACCCUACCCACACAGUCCCUCCGAAGAACUACAGCCGGGGGUUUAACCAUCCAACACUCGCCCACUACUGCCCCCUGGCCGAAACCUCUCAUUUCAGUCGCGCAGAAAUAAAAAUAAAAAUAAAAACUAGAGAAACACGCCGAUUUCACGAGCCGAUACUCCCAUGGAGAGACAGCUCUCUCGCGAAACCAUCCUGAUAUUACACUGCUACCACACCUCCUGGUGCACCUCAUCUAAGGGAUUGUGGAAGC